UGGUGAGGACGGACGGCCUGAAAGGUCGAAGAGGUCGCCUGCCGUCUAAACCUAAAGCUCUUCCGGACUCGUCUUCACCUGUGAGCACCCUCCUGAGCGCCCUCAUCAGGGCGCACGUGGAAUCGAACCCACCGUCUUCUCGCCUUGACUACCUCAAAAUCAAGGAGAGUCCGGGUAGUCCACCGGGAGACGACGCUCAGCACGUGCGGCAGUUUUAUGACCUCCUGACCAGAUCGAUGGAGGUGAUUCGCGGAUGGGCGCAGAAGAUCCCGGGCUUCACCUCGCUGCCUAAACACGACCAAGACCUCCUCUUCUACUCGGCGUUCCUGGAGCUCUUUGUGUUACGACUGUCGUACAGAUCCAACCCGGAGGAAGGGAAGCUGAUCUUCUGCGACGGCUCGGUGUGGCACCGGCUCCAGUGCCUGCGCGGCUUCGGGGAGUGGAUUGACAGCAUCGUCGAGUUCUCCGCUAAUCUGCAGAGGAUGAACCUGGACGUGUCCACCUUCUCCUGCAUAUGCACCCUCGCCCUGGUCACAGCAGAGCGGCACGGACUGAAGGAGCCGAAGAAGGUGGAGGAGCUGCAGAGCAACAUCGUCAAGUGCUUGAAGGACGCAGACGGAGGCUCGGACUGUUGGUCCAGCCAUUUGUCCAGACUUUUGGAAAAAUUGCGUGAACUUCGCACUCUGUGCAUCCAAGGCCUGCAGAGGAUUUUCUAUUUGAAGCUGGAGGAUCUGGUGCCGCCGCCUGCAGUAAUAGAUAAGUUAUUCCUCGACACGUUGCCAUUUUAGAGACGUUAGAGAAUACACACGGGGACGUUUUUGAUUUAA